UCCCAUUGGAUACAGACGCGGAAGUAAAGCAGACACUUGCUAACAACAACAAGGAGCUUCUUUCUGCUGGUGAACUUUUGUCUCCCGGAGGAUCCGUGGACAGACAAUGGCUCUCCCGCCUCAGCUCAAGUCCCUCCAGCACCACCUGAGGACGGCUCAGGAACACGAGAAACGGGACCCGGUCGUCGCUUACUACUGUCGCCUGUACGCCAUGCAGACCGGCAUGAAGCUGGACAGUAAAACCCCCGAGUGCAGAAAGUUCCUCAUCAAACUCAUGGACCAGCUGGAGACGAUGAAGAAGGAGCUGAGUGACAACGACUCCAUCAGCCAGGAGGUGGUGGGUAACGCCCACAUCGAAAACUACGCCUUAAAGAUGUUCCUGUACGCCGACAACGAGGACCGAUCGGGACGAUUCCACAAGAACAUGAUCAAGUCGUUCUACUCGGCCAGUCUUCUGCUGGACGUCCUGUCUGUGUUUGGGGAACUGUCAGAGGAGAACAUCCAGCACAGGAAGUACGCCCGCUGGAAGGCCACCUACAUCCACAACUGUCUGAAGAACGGCGAGACGCCUCAGGCCGGACCCAUGGGCAUGGACGAGGACGGGGAAGCAGACGAGUACGGAGCAGAGGGGUUCUCCGCUCAGGGUUUCUCACACGGAGGCUCCGUCAGAGGAGGACCUCCGUCAGACACCUACGAGGACCAGGACCAGGACCAGGGUCUGGGUCCGGGUCCCGCCCCGGGGAUCGGCUUCUCACCCGGCCCAGGACCGGGCGCAUCGGGACCCCCCAACACCAACACCAACUACAACAACAUCCACAUCCCGCCGGGAGCCCACGCCCCGGCCAACACUCCGGCCGAGCUGCCUCCCCCCUCAGCAGUUAAACCCGUGCCUGUUCCCCGAUCUCUGCCGUCUGUCGACCCCACACUGCUCAACGCCCAGCAGCAGGGCGGCGUCCAUCUCUCCCCGGAGGACUUCACCAAGGCGCAGAAGUACUGUAAGUACGCGGGCAGCGCCCUGCAGUACGAGGACGUGGGCACGGCCAUCCAGAACCUCCAGAACGCCCUGAAGCUGCUGACCACGGGCAAAGAAUGAAGCCUUUGUCCUCCUGCGUCUCAUCCCUCCAUCACCCCCCCCCCCCCGUCCUUCUUUCCCCUCUUUCUCUCCACUGCAGCGGCAAUCUAUCUGUCGCUGAUCUCACACACACACACACACACACACACACACACACACACACACACACACACACACACACACACACACACACACACACACACACACACACACA